AUGGCGAGUGUCGCAAGGAAAGAUUUCCCCGCAGUCGAGCGCAUCGUACGUUCGCUAAACGCGGAGCGGCUAGAGCGUGCUAAGGGCGAAUUAGAGGUCUCGCGAACGACGAGCGACGAGGACGUUAAUAGGCUCUUAAGGAGCCUAUCGCUGUAUGGAUAUCGCCAGCCGAUGUCGAGGGAGAGUCGUUUAAGCAUGCGGCGCAAGAUCCAGUCCCUCAUUAUUCGGGAUGGUAUUCCGGCAAUCUGGUUCACGCUGAAUCCGAACGAUAUAACCAAUCCGAUCAAGCUCCGGCUUGCUGCGUAUCGGACCCGGGAUCCAGAGGUGGCUAAAGCCUUCUUAACGAGUCUAGAUCUAGCGUACAAGCGAGCACGGCUGGCGAUCUCGGACCCGCUCAGUUCGGCAAUCUUCUUCUACCGGGAGAUUUCCCUAUUCUUUAAGCACUACGAUCUCGAUUACGAGGCAUUUUCCGCCGUUCGGGCGGAACGGUCCGUAACGUCGGACAUAUCGCCAUUGCUAGCUAAUCGCGAGCAAUUCGCCGCCGCGUUUGAAGAGGAGGCCAACCUCUGCGCUGGGGCUACGCAGAUCCAUACCCAUAGCCCGACGUGUGUAAAGUACUCUAUUAACGGGCAAACACGAAGGAAUCAGGACCUGUGCCGGUUUAAGGCGCCGUGGAAAUUGGUAGAGAGGACGGCGUUUACCGAGGAGGGAGUGUUGCAGAUUCGGCGGACGCAUAGCAUGGUGAAUCGAUGGAAUAAGGCGAUCGCGGUAGGGCUGCGUCAUAACCAUGACAUUUCGUUCAUCGGAACGCAGUAUAAGACCAUGGCUCUCGUCUUUUACCUGACGAACUAUGCAACCAAAGUCGAGGAUCCGGUGUCAAAACGGGUGGCCGCAGCGGCAGAACUCAUCUCGGCUCAUAACGGUGCGACGGCGGAGCGGCAGGAGGGCGCAACGGAUGGCCCGAUAACGGGCAACGGUAGUGAGAACCAAACACGCCAGUUUUUGAUGAGAAUCGCGAACCGGAUCUUCACGGAGCGGCCGUUAU